GCUGCCAAACAAUUCGAGCUCGCAGCUGCCGCAGCUCGAGACGACUACGGACCGCCGACCAGACCGACGAGAGAGGGACCAUCAGCCAUGUCCUCAUUACGAACCACGACUUCGGCCGCGCGCCUGCUGCGCAGUGCGUCGCAUGGCCGCGCCGUGCUCCCCGCCGCGCGCCGCUUCGAGAGCUCGAACUCGAGCUCCAUGGUGCCAGCAAAGACCGAGGAAGAAAAGAAGGAGACUUCGCCGAUGGCCACCUUGCCCCGGAACUCUCCCGACUACAAUGUCCCCAUUGACACGGCUACCUCCACCUUCACCCCGGUGCCGAAGCACGUCCAAGACGGCAGCGAGGAGGGUGUCCUCCCAGCCGGCCUCGUAUCCGGUGCGCCCAUCGAGCUCCAAGCCAGGACAGUCCGCAUCUACAAGCCGACCAAGCCGGCCACGCAGUCGGGCGACCACAUCGGCACGCGGUGGCGCAUGGACUGGGACGUGCUGCCCAAGGGCCACCGGUGGGAGAACCCGCUGAUGGGGUGGCAGUCGUCGGGCGACUUCAUGCAGGGCACGCACAUCCACUUCAAGAGCAAGGAGGACGCCAUCGCGUUCGCCGAGAAGCAGGGCUACGAGUACUUCGUGCAAGAGCCCAACGAGCGCAAGUUCGCGCCCAAGGCCUACGCCAACAACUUCUUGUACUCGCCGGGCAAGCUCAAGCACAUCCGGACCAAGUAGAGGGAAGGAAGGAAGGAAGGAAGGAAGGAAGUUUGGUGGGAGCGCAUGAGGAGGGGGCAAUUCUGUUACUCUUGCUGUACAUAGGACCCGUGGACGUGCUGCGACUGCGGAUUUCCGCUCAUAGAAUGCGAAGGACGAAGGGCGUACGAAGAACUUCCAACAAGUUUGUUGACCAGUGC